CAAUUCAUGCAACGUUGCCGUCGAAGUAACAUUGGUGGUGUACAACUCUUAUAAGUUAUAUAGCAAAAGUGUGCGGGAAAAAUUUAAAGGUAUCUUGUACACUUAGUACUGGUUAUACAGUGAUACUUUGAUACGAAGAAUGUUAGCCCGAAAGAUUUCCACAUUUUCUGGUGUUUUUUCUUCAGGAUGUGCACAUCAAAAUGAAAAGGAUAAGCAAGCACGCCAAGAACCGUUUGAAAAGGCAUAUCGUGUAGGUCCAGUCCUUGGCAAGGGUGGCUUUGGCACUGUCUAUGCGGGAACAAGAGUUCGGGAUAAUCUGUUGGUUGCCAUAAAACACGUUUCAAAAGAGAAAGUCACCGAAUGGGGACAGAUCGGAGGGAAUAGGGUACCAUUAGAGAUCUGUCUGCUACGAAAAGUCAACAAUUCAUCGGGAGUGAUUCGUCUGUUGGAUUGGUACGAACGCCCUGAUUCGUUCAUAAUCAUCAUGGAGCGUCCUGAACCAGUGAAGGAUUUGUUCGACUUCAUCACGGAGCGCGGUGUGUUGGAGGAAAAGUUAUCCCGUUUGUUUUUUCGGCAGGUUGUUGAAACUGUGAUAGCAUGCCACAAGGCUGGUGUUAUUCAUCGCGACAUUAAAGAUGAGAACAUUCUUGUUGAUAUGAAAACAUUCUCUUUGAAGUUGAUUGAUUUCGGGUCAGGAGCUUACAUGAAGGACACAGUCUACACAGAUUUUGAUGGAACCAGAGUUUACAGCCCACCCGAAUGGAUUCGUUAUAAUCGCUACCACGGUCGCAGCGCCACCGUGUGGUCUUUGGGAAUCCUACUGUACGACAUGGUGUGUGGCGAUAUUCCUUUCCAGCGUGAUGAUCAGAUUCUUAGAGCCGAUGUUUCUUUCCGACGUAGAUUAUCUGCAGAGUGCCAAGACCUGAUCAGGAAGUGCUUGUCAAUCCGUCCUAGUGACCGGAUUUCUCUGGAAGACAUCCUCGCUCAUCCUUGGAUGUCUGCCAAGCUUGAGAGUACCACCUCCGCCAAUAUUCCUGUGAGACGUAGCUCUGUUGACCAGCAUUCCGUGGACGUAGCGUCCACAAGCAGUGAAGAAAGUAUAUGAUGACCAGCAGAAUCGUAGUGGUAGUGUUGGUUCCUAGAACUGAAGUGACUGAGCUUGUUCAGGGUUGUUAUGGCGACAGAUAACACGCCCUUCAUUGUAAAUAACGACAUCUAUUUACCGACAUCGGUAAGAAUCUCGUUGCCUUUCCUGUCGUCUGGCCCAAGUGAGUCGUAGGUUCUGGCCGCAGCUUUGUCCAAAUGUUGGUCAGUUCCGGUGUUUGGAUAUAUUUACAAACAAUUGAGUCAUCGUUGACUACUGAACUGUGUACAGUUGUUCGUGUUGGGGGUUAACUUAUAUUCUGUAUUUAACCAUUUAAUGGCAUAUCAGGCACGAAGAGUGAAGAAGACACUAAAUAUGCUGUGUUUAUAGUCAUGUAUUUAUUUUUUAUGGCAAGACAGUGUUGAAGUAGGUAUACUUACUACAAUUAACGGGUAUCGGUUUUGUGCAAAGAUAUGCAUUUUGUGAGUUGCGAAACCAAAGGUGAGGGCUAGAAGUUUGGAUAACUUUUUUCCGGAUAUUGAUAUCCAGAGUGGAUUGAACUGUAUAUUAGAAUAUAAAAGUUACUUUAAUACACAUUAAUUGAAUUGGUUAUUUAUCAAAGUUUCAGAGUAGGGAAAGAAUAAAGUUAUAACGUGCCAAUUUUACUUGAGCCCUCAAGUAUUGAUUAGUCGGGAAAAUAUUUAAAUAGACGGUCAAGUCGCUAGAUAACGUAACGAGUGUAUUUAUAUUAUAAAUGUAUAUAAAUUGAAACCAUGAGCCAACUUUCAGUUCCUCACUGUUUGUAUAUAGGUUUCUUAUUUAUUGACAUCUGUAUACAGUAUGUAUUACAUCUUUAUAACUGUGAAGAGAUCCAACAUUUGAUCCGAAGGAACUGGCUUCCAUACGAGUAGUGUCCUGAAAUGUAUACAUAUUUAAGUCUGUCUAGGGGAAUCUUACAACAGAUUGUUUUCCCGAGAGUUACCACUCUCCUUGCAUGUAAAUAUAGUG